AAAUUUCUUUGUACUUUUCACUUGGUGGGGCUAAAUUAUUGUUAUUAUUAUUCCCACCAUUCAAUAAAAUAUUACCAAAACAGACUUUCUUUUUUGAUCUUGACCAAAAGGAUCAUCCAUCCAGCAUAAACCAAAUUAAAGAACAUUAUUCCUCGUAUCUUUGAAAACCUCUUGAGAUUUUGACAGCAGAGUUAUAGCGGAAUCGUUUCUCUCCAUCAUUGCCGAUACCCUUUUGAAGAACAUCAUCUCCCCUAGUAUCAAACAAACUAUCUCUGUAUUGAAUGCCAGUGAUUUGAAAAGGCCGGAGGAAACCAUGACAUACAUCAAAGCUGUGCUGUUAGAUGCUGAAAAACCGCAGCAGCACAAUCAGACAUUGCGCCUUAGUUUGACCAAGCUAAGAGGCGUCUUUUCUGAUGCUGAGGAUGUGCUCGAUGAAUUCAGGUGUGACGCUCUGCGAAAGGAGUUGAAAACGGUACAUUUCUCCUCCAUCUCUAUCCCUUUUGCAUACUCUUUUAGGAUGGGUCACAAAAUAAAAAAGAUCAACGAAAGGUUAGAGACCAUUGCUACUGAUUUCAAAAGAUUUAAUCUAGGAGAGAAUGUUCAAAUUCUUCAGAACCGACCGUAUGUUGUUCAAAGUCAUAGGGACACCCACUCCUUCAUGACUUUGAAGGUACUUGGUCGAGAUCAAGUCAAAGAGAACAUUAUAGAUCUUCUAGUCCAGCCAAGGGGUGUGGAAACCAUGACUGUCAUCCCCAUAGUUGGAAUAGGAGGUUUGGGGAAAACUACGCUUGCUCAGUUUGUGUACAAUUAUGAAAGAGUGAGUCGGAGUUUUCCCUUGAAACUAUGGGUGUGUGUAUCCGAGUUUUUCGACGUUGCUAGGUUGCUUUGCGAGAUUAUUUUCUACAUCAACCAUGAAAUGUGAUGGUUUACAGUCAAUGCACUGUUGACUCUUCUCCAAAGUCUUAUAGAAGGUAAAAUUUUUUUACUUAAUUCUGGAUGAUGUGUGGAAUGAAGAUCGUGUCAAGUGGGAUGAAUUGAAAGCCAUAUUGAUGAAAUUGGAUUAUCUGCAUCAAAGUAAAAUCAUUGUUACCACAAGAAGUUUAGCCGUCGCAUCAAUAAUGGGUACUCAAAGUCCUUAUGAACUAGAAGCUCUUAGUCAUGAAAAUAGCUUGUCUCUGUUACUAAAAUGGGCAUUUAACCAAGGGGACGAAGAACAAUAUCCAAACCCAUUGGGAAUUGUUGAUGAAAUUGUGAAGAAAUGCAAAGGUGUUCCUUUGGCAGUGAGAACUAUGGGAAGUUUACUUUAUGGAAAAACUCGUCAACGUGAGUGGGAACUGAUAAGAGAUAAUCACAUCUGGAAGCUUGAUCAAGAAGAGACAGGCAUCUUAGCUGCACUAAAAUUAAGUGACAAUCAUUUGCCCCAUCAUUUGAAACGAUGUCUAGCUUAUUUGUCAUUGUUUCCCAAGGAUACACUUUAUGACACUGAUUAUAUCAUCCAAUCCUGGUUGGCUAAUGGAUUUCUCCCAAGCCCCGUGCAAGAAGAUGAUGUGUGCUGCGAAGACAUUGGUUUACAGUAUUUCAAAGACUUACGGUCCAAGGGAUUUGUCCAAGAUGUUGAUGACCAAGUUACAUUUUAUAAGUUCAAAAUCCAUGAUCUGAUACAUGAUCUUGCGCUAAGUGUUUCACAAGAAGAGUGCUUAACCAUAUAUCAGCAAACGAUAAGUGCUUCUGAAAAUGUUCGGCAUUUGGCAUUCGCUGAGCAUUAUCCGAUGAGAAUUCUGCAGCCAUUUUUGAAGAAGUUGAAAGGUGUGCGCACGUUAGUAAGUCUAACUUCAUGGGGACAAUUCAAGGAGGUGGAGAAAACAUUUUUGAGUGCUUGCAUCUCAUAUUUUAAGUACCUGCGGCUAAUUGAGUUGGAAAAUUGCACGUUAAAGGCAUUACCAAAGUCCAUUUGCACCCUAAAGCAUUUAAAGUGUCUUAACUUAAGUAGCUGCCAUAAUUUGAGGAGAGUUCCAAAGUCCAUCCAUAAACUUCAGAGCUUGCUGACAUUGAGAUUAUUUAAUCUCCCAAGGUUUCAAGUGUCUGACAAUUUGCGAAGGUUGAUCAAUUUAAGAUUUCUGGAGAUAUCAGGGGAUGACAUGCAAUUAAGAGAGGUUCGACCUGGUAAUUGGAGUUCACUUCGAUUCUUAUACUUUUGCAAGUGCACGACACUGAAAUGUUUGUUUGAAGGGAUGGAAAACCUCACAUCACUCAAAGAUUUGAUUUUCGCAUGUUGUUAUGAACUUGAAUCACUAUCUCGAAGUCUGAAAUUCCUUGUUAAAUUAGAGGAUAUUUGUAUUAUUUCUUGCCCAAAAAUCAAUUUACUCAUGGAACCUCAAGGGAUAGAAGAUCAAAACCUUCACUUGGGUCUUAAAAAUUUCAUAAUUCGUGAUGCGCCAAGUUUAAGGGAUCUACCUCGGUUGCUUCUUGAAGCAUCUGCUAGCCAUUUGGAGUUCAUUGAAAUCAGGGGUUGCCCUGAAUUGGAGGCAUUGCCAAAUUGGUUUCAAAACUUAAUUUCACUUCAAAGAUUAGAGAUUAUUGAUUGUCCCAAAUUAUCUCGUCUUUUUGAUGGAGUAGAGCAUCUCACUUCCCUCAAACAACUAAAGAUCCAACAAUGUCCAACAAUGAAUGAUAAAUAUCGACCGCAAACUGGUGCAGAUUGGUCCAAGAUAUCACACAUCCAAGAAGUUUAUAUUGAAGAGCAAAAGAUUAUCAAGUCAAGUUAGAGGUAAAGGAAAGUGGAUGGCUAGCUGAGAAUAAGGGAGCAGCAGGUCUAAUGGUGGAAAACUAUGGGAAGGGUAGCAGUUCUUUGUUUGAUUUACACUCUUUGUAUUGUGAAUUGAGGAGAUGAUGCAAUAUUUGAACAACACUUUGUUUUAUUUUGCCUCUGUCCUUCAUUUGGAAGGAAACAUUGUCUCGGAAUAUCUAUGGUGUUGUAUGGGUAACUCAUGAAUUUAAUUGAAAUUUUAUUUUCCUAUUAAUAUUUCAUCA